AUGCGUUUAAAUGAACUGUCCCACUUCCUGCUUCACCACAACAAUGACUGAGAGUAAACAUACAGGGAUAAUAGUCCUAUUGGUUAUAUGCGCUACAAGCGCCGUUCGUAAUUUAAAAGAAGGGCCUAUGAUAGGGCCAGAUUCAAGACAGUACAAAAUUCAAUCUUUACUGAACAAGGAUCCAACAGACGUGACGACAAGCAGAUCUGCACCCGUGCAGUUGUUUUGUACCGAACGAAGCAUGAUUUUGCUCAUUAGCGCGGACCUUCAUUCCAAUGGCCGUCUUGUCACCUCUGAAGAACUGAGUCUCGGUUUGUCUAAAGAGAGCUGCAAAGCUUCCCGGUACAGUGAUACCGAAUAUGUGAUUGAAGCAGAUUUACACAAGUGUGGCUCAGAGUUAUCGAUUGAUGGAGAUUACUUGGUUUAUUCAAAUCAGUUGAUCUACACCCCAAUGAAGAACAGAUUUGGUAUUGUAAGGACAAGCGGCGUUUCUGUUCCUGUUGCGUGUCACUACAAAAGGAUUCACUUCGUAAGCAGUAUUAACGUGAAGCCUUCAAGGGAGCCACUUACAUCUAAAGCUGUGGAAUUGAUCAGAUUUUCUUUUCAUCUUAUGAAUGAUGAUUGGAGGACUAUUAGGUCAUCCUAUGUGUACCACCUUGGAGAAAUGAUGAACAUCCAGGCUUCUUUCUUAACGCCUGGACAUUCUCUGCUGAGAUUAGUCAUGGAAAACUGUGUGAUCACCCUGGAGCCUAAUGUUGCAUCAGUGCCCCGCUACAAGUUCGUUCAGAACCAGGGAUGUCUUGUUGACUCUAAAGUACCAGACUCCAGUGCCCGUUUCAUGCCAAGAAAACAAAAUCAUGUGCUUCAGAUGCAGAUGGAUGCUUUCCGUUUCCGUGAAGACCACAGGAAUAUUAUUUAUAUUACAUGCCAGCUGAAAAUUGUUGAUCUGGUGAAUAUCAUGAACAAGGCCUGUUCAUAUUCUGUAAACAGGUGGCUUAGUGUGGAUGGUCGUGACGAGGUUUGUGAAUGCUGUGAAAAUACUUGCGAUGUCAUCAGUCAAAAACAAACUGACAAAUGGAGUGGACCAACAAAGUUGUCAGUAAGCAGAGAUACAACAGAGUCCAACACUGUGAUGCUUGGGCCCAUAACAGUUCUUGGCUAAGUUUUUGUGCAAUUCAUGAAAAAUAAAUACUAUUGUUUGUCAGUUUAGUUGCACUGUUUUAAUAUAACAUUUAAAAUACGUAAUUUGUAGGUGUUAUAUAGCCUACUAGAAGGUAUUGUGCAGAUCUUAAAUAAAGUCAAUAUACAUAAAGUAAAUAUCUUGUACUCUUAAAAUUUAUAACCACAAAUGUAAAUAUAAUUGUUUUAUGAUUAUUUAUUAGACAUUAUAACAUAUAAGGUUUUGCAUAAUGCAUUAUGUAUUCAUUAUAAUAUUGCCUUAAGAUUAAUAAAGUGCUCGUACCAAAGAUCUCAA